UCAAUCUGCAUCUUAUUCCAAUUCAAAAACCUUAGUUGUCAAUUUCUUCAAUGGCGCCAAAGGGAGAGAAGAAGCCUGCUGAGAAGAAACCCGCAGAGGAGAAAAAGACCACCGUUGCCGAGAAGGCUCCUGCUGAGAAGAAGCCAAAGGCCGGAAAGAAGCUACCCAAGGACGGUGGUGCUGCCGCCGGUGACAAGAAGAAGAAGAGAAACAAGAAGAGCGUUGAGACAUACAAGAUCUACAUCUUCAAGGUUUUGAAACAAGUUCACCCAGACAUUGGUAUCUCAAGCAAGGCCAUGGGUAUAAUGAACAGUUUCAUCAACGACAUCUUCGAGAAGCUUGCUGCAGAAUCUUCAAGACUUGCAAGGUACAACAAGAAGCCAACAAUAACUUCAAGGGAAAUUCAGACCGCGGUCAGACUUGUUCUUCCAGGAGAAUUGGCCAAGCAUGCAGUAUCUGAGGGUACCAAAGCUGUAACCAAGUUCACAAGCUCUUAGAUUGUAAAUUUUUUUAUUCUGUUUCCGAUCUUGUUUGCUGUGAAGAUUUUGAACUUUUAUCUUUUAUAAGUUGUAAUGAAGUAGUGGGAAACGGUAAAUCUUUACUGUGAAUGAAAAUGUUGGAUUUGAGAAGGUACAAUUGCGUAAUGGUUUAGUUUAAUGUUAAAACUUUUGUUGUUCUUUAA